AUGGGAUCGCUAGCCACAUACUUCAUGGACGUUGUUUACUCGUUCACAAAUUGCAUGGUGUGCUUCCCGAGCUCUCCGCAGCUCAAGAUCAACAGCCGUAGCUUCAAAAUACUGCGGUUGCUCGGCGAGGGUGGUUUCUCAUACGUAUAUCUCGUACAAGACAACUCGAAUCAGCAGCUUCUUGCGCUCAAGAAGAUACGAUGUCCCUUUGGCCAGGAAAGCGUCAGCUUGGCGCUAAAAGAGGUGGAAGCAUACACGCUGUUCUCGCCGCACCCGAACAUCAUCCACUCAAUUGACUACUCAGUCGAAACUGACAAGUCCGAUCCAUCAGCGAAAACCGUAUACAUCCUCCUCCCAUACUAUCGCCGCGGCAAUCUGCAGGACAUGAUCAACGCGAACCUGGUCAAUCACACAAAAUUUCCGGAGAAGAGGUUGAUGGAUCUGUUCCUGGGAGUCUGCAAGGCGCUCAAAGCUAUGCACCAGUAUAAGGUCAAGGGCGGACCAGGCGGUGCAAAGAGCGACAGCAAGGCCAAGAAGGUCCGACGAGAGGCCGCCCGCGCAGACGCGGAGGCAGCACAGAGCAUGGAGAUGCGACCGAGCCGGAGACACCACGAGAACGACGACGAGGAUGACGAGCAAGCAGAGGGGUUAUUGGAGGAGAGCAACGUCACAAUGGCACAAGAAGGCAUCGCGGCUGGUGGAGAGAGGGCGUAUGCGCAUCGCGACAUCAAGCCUGGAAAUAUCAUGAUCGACGACGACGGCAAGUCGCCUAUCCUCAUGGAUCUCGGCUCCCUAGCACCCGCGCCAACCCCGGUUACCUCACGCUCGCUAGCGCUCCAAAUCCAAGAUACAGCCGCCGAACACUCAACGAUGCCGUAUCGCGCGCCUGAACUCUUCGAUGUAAAGACUGGUUCUGUCAUCGACACCAAGGUUGACAUCUGGUCGCUUGGCUGCACAUUGUACGCCUGUCUUGUAGGCAAGUCGCCGUUCGAGUUCAGGAGUGACGAGACUGGUGGUAGCUUGAGCAUUUGUGUGCUUGGUGGCGACUGGAGAUUUCCCGACGAGGGGCAACAGCGGGGCAAGCAGAAGCAGCCGGCCGACGGCGAGGGCAUCAGCGAUGCUGUCAAAGACGUCGUACGGAAAUGCUUGAUGCUGGAACCGAGUGAAAGGCCCGAUGUGGAUGAGCUGAUCAGCAUAGUCGAGGACGUGCUGCAGAGGCUGCCUGAGGACGGAAUGGAAGACUGA